AUGCGCGAGAGUCCCAUGCAACGGCAACGCGUGAAGGGCGCAGGGAGUGACUCCACAACGCGCCGCCGUGAUGUGACAUUGCAGCCUGAGUGUGCUUGUGGGUGUAAAUGGCACCACGAGGCGGGAGGGUACACUAAACAAGUUUAUUCUUGUGGGGAAUGUGGUAAAAAAAUCCAAGGAACUGUGUCCAUCGUCCAGCAUCUUUUAGCGCAUGACAGUGACACGCAGAAAGCCUCUGUAGUGAAGUACAAGUCUCUUGUGAAUGGUAGUGAGUGCAAAGACAGUGAACAGAGUGCACCCAAGCCUGCUGAUUCCGGAGUGCGGUCUCCAAACGGGACGGCAGAGGAAAAGCACAGUGUAGAGGAAAACUCUUGUCCAAACGGGUUGAGCCCCGCCAUGACUGAUAUAAGAAAUGUGCAAUUUAUAGCUGCUUCUACUAGUCAUAGGUUUGAAAAUCAUGUGAUUCCAAUGUUGAACAAUGUAGAACAAGGGAUGGUAAUCCAGAAUGGGAACCUCGAAGGGGACAGCCCCGAUAGUGAGAGAGCUGGAGAUAGGAUGGACUGUGAAGAGCCCCCCAUGGAGCCAGUGGAAAUCAACCCACUGGAUCUCCUGACAACUGUGAUCGAGGAGGAUCAGAAGAGCGAGAACCCCAUCUUCCCUGCAGAACACUUCCUGCUCAGUCUUCCAACUCCAACGCACUUCCUGGACAGCGAGGGUGGCAGUGGGAGCACUGGCGGUGGUCAGGAUGACUCUGCUGAUGGCUUCCAGGACUGCAAUGAUAAUGACGAUGAGAACAGCAAUGAUGGCAUGAAUGACAUCCCUAGCGAUAUCCUACUUGACCACCCCGGAGUCUACCCCUGCGACAAGUGCGGUGAGGCCUUCAAGUACCAGUACCUGCUUACUUCUCACAAACGCCAGGCUCACAACAGCGUCAACAUCCCGUUCCAGUGCCAAGUAUGCAACAUGGAGUUCGAGGUCUUGCAGGAACUUAAACGGCACAUGAUGACCCACUCUGGUGCACUCGGAUACACCUGCAACAUGUGUGGCCAGGGCUUCCCCGAUCGGCCGUCCCUCAAGACGCACACACUUUCUCAUGGGUUAUCAACAGAAAGGUCUAACAAAUGUGAAUCAUGUGCAAUGGAGUUCCCUUCAAAAUCGGAGUUGACGCGUCACAUUGUCAAGUACCAAGGGACAUGCAACCCGAAUAAGAACGAGAGCGUGCGAUGUGCCACAUGUGGGGAGGACCUGCCAACCUUAGAAGCUCUGAAGGACCACAGGCGCACAGCUCAUCCUACGCCUGAGGUUGCUCCUGGUUCAGGCAAGAAGGGCUUUGAGUGUGACUACUGUGGCAAGACCUUCAACUGCCGGUCCAACUUGCGGGACCACCUGGUGGUCCAUACCGGUGAGAAGCCAUACCCCUGUGAUAUUUGCGGCAAGACCUUUAGCUUCAUUCACAAUAUGAAGACCCACCGACUCACACACAAUGAGGGACGAAUGAGGUCUGCCCUAUUGCGAUAA